AUGCCUACCAUGUGGUUAUCAGAUUCGCAAAAAAUCGGAGUAGCGUUCUGCUCUGGCGGAGGCGUAAUCCUCUUCUUCGACCGCGCCAUGUUAGCAAUGGGCAAUAUACUCUUCCUCAUCGGCCUAACAAUAAUAAUCGGGCCCUCCAAAACGCUCCUCUUCUUCGCGCGCCGCCAGAAACUCAAAGGCACCGCUGCCUUUUUCGCAGGCCUCAUUCUGAUAUUGAUGAAGUGGGCGCUGGUGGGGUUCAUGAUCGAGUUGUAUGGGAUAUUUAUACUUUUUGGGGAUUUUUUGGGCACGAUUGCUGGGUUUGCGAGGAAUUUGCCGGUGGUAGGGGGGCCGAUUGGGAUGCUGGUUGAUCGGUUGGGGGUUUCGAGGAGUGGGGCGGAGUUGCCUGUGUAG